AUGAAUCCCAAUUCAGCAGCUGGACCUGAUGGGAUGAAUGGAAAAUUUUUUCAAUCCUGCUGGGAUAUCAUCAAAAUAGACCUCCUGGCAGUAGUUCAGUCCUUCUUUUGUGGCCACACUAUGCCUAAAUGCUUCUCUCGUACCCGUUUGGUCCUACUCCCAAAAGUGGAUCACCCUAAUAAGCUUACAGAAUUUAGGCCUAUCAGCCUAAGCAACUUUACCAACAAAAUCAUUUCCAAGCUAAUUUGUUCAAGAUUUGCUACAGUACUGCCUGGUAUCACUUCCAUCAACCAAACUGGAUUUGUAAGGGGAAGAAGCAUCACUGAGAACAUUAUGCUUGCACAGGAGAUUAUACAUGGAAUCAAAAAGCCAAAUCAUGGGGACAAUGUAGUGAUCAAACUUGAUAUGGCAAAGGCCUAUGAUAGGGUCUCUUGGUCAUUCACAUGCUUGGUCCUUAGAAGAAUGGGGUUUUGUGAAACUAUCAUUGACAUGGUAUGGAGGAUCAUGGCUAAUAAUUGGUAUUCAGUCAUUGUAAAUGGCACAAGACAUGGGUUUUUUCACUCCACAAGAGGCCUUAAGCAGGGUGAUCCACUUGCUCCUGCCCUCUUUAUACUUGGUGCUGAGGUGCUCUCUAGAAUGAUGAACAAGCUUUUUCAUAAUCAUUCCUUCCAUGGUUUUUAUAUGGAAAAAAGAGGUCCCCAGAUAAACCACCUAAGCUUUGCUGAUGAUGUUAUUGUGUUUUCCUCUGGCAAGAAAAAAUCCUUGCAAUUGAUCAUGAAAACCUUAUCAAAAUAUGAGCAAGUGUCAGGCCAGCUUAUCAAUAGAGACAAGAGUCACUUCAUGGUCCAUCCUGAAACCUCACAGUUUACUAUUGCUAGAAUCAACAAGGUUACUGGCUUCAAUCAAGAGGGAACUCCCAUUACUUACCUGGGGUGCCCCCUCUAUGUUGGAAGGCAAAGGAUCCUGUACUUCUCAAAUAUGGUUGCUAAGGUGGUGAGCAGGAUCAGGGGUUGGCAAUCCAAAAUUCUUAGUUAUGGAGGAAGGGCAACCUUAGUGAGAUAUGUUUUACAGUCUCUACCCAUACAUUUGCUAUCAGCUGUUUCACCCCCCAAAACAACACUAAAACAGAUUCAGAGCAUUACUGCAGAUUUCUUUUGGGGUUGGAAAAAUGAGAGGAAAAAAUACCACUGGUCAUCUUGGAAGAAUCUUAGUUACCCUUAUGAAGAAGGGGGUAUUGGGGUAAGACAAAUAACUGAUGUUUGCAAAUCCUUACAGUUCAAGCAGUGGUGGAUCUUUAGAUCCAAAACAACCUUGUGGGGCAAUUUCCUCAGAGCUAAAUAUUGCCAGAGAGCCAACCCCAUCAUUAAAAAAUGGGACACUGGCCAAUCUUUGAUAUGGAAGAACAUGAUGCAUAACAAACUGAUAGCUGAAUCAUACAUUCAAUGGAGGGUAAACUCAGGUACCUGUAGUUUUUGGUGGGAUGAUUGGCUAGGUAUUGGCCCACUUGCUAACUACAGGCUUGAAAGCAAUAGAGCAAACAACAUCACUGUUUCACAAUUUCUGAUUGAGGGCCAAUGGAAUAUUGAUAUGAUCAAUCAAAUAGCACCUCCCCAGUUAGUCCAAACUAUAUUGACCACACAGAUCGACUAUAAUGAGCACAUUCCUGAUCAGGCCAUAUGGAAGCUCACAAGUGGAGGGGAGUUCACAUGCUCUACUGCAUGGAAUUUGGUGAGACAGAGUAAAGCCAAGAAUCUGAUCAAUUCUCUCAUCUGGCAAAAAAAUAUACCUUUCAAAUGCUCCUUUCACUUAUGGAGAACCUUGAGAGGUAAACUACCAACUGAUGAGAAGAUCAUUACAUUUGGCCAUGACCCAUCAGAUUGCCACUGCUGCCAUGACCCAGGGCCUGAUUCUAUUGAGCACAUCCAUGUAGCUGGACACUUUGCUAGGAAUAUCUGGCAAUACUUCUCCCCUUCCUUGGGAAUCAGACAUCAAACACAACCUCUCAGGUCUCUAUUGCUGCAUUGGUGGAAACAAAAAUACAGAAAUGAAGCCCAAAAACUUUGGCCUCCUACCUGGAGGAAUUUGAUAUCCCUUAUGGAAGUUUGCACUCAUGAGAUCAACAUUACUAAGGUCAACUGGAGCAGACCACAGUUGGGAGUUCUUAAGAUCAAUACAGAUGGUAGUGCCCUUGACAAUCCUGGAAGGAUAGGAGCAGGUGGUAUUGUGAGGAAUGAUUUAGGCAACCUCAUUUUUGCCUUUGCCACACCUUUGGGAUAUGGUACCAACAAUCAAGCAGAAAUAGAGGCAGCAUAUCUGGGACUUAAAUGGGCUAAGGAAAAUGGCCAGCAUCACAUAGUGUUAGAAGUUGACUCUGAACUUCUCAUCAGAUGGAUCAAACAACAAGCAAAGCCCCCUUGGAAUCUGUUCCAAUCUAUUCUAAAGCUGAGUAUUAAUUGCGGGCAAUGGCUUGACAAUGCGGAAGAUAUUGCAGAGGAGGCGGUUGGGUUUUUUCAGGCACAAUUUCAUGAAACUGUGGUUCCUACGCAGUUUGAUAUCCUGAAACAUGUCCCUUCCAUGAUUAGUAACGAGCAGAAUGAAGAGCUUGUUGCCGCUCCUACGAAAGAAGAGGUGAAGCAGGCGGUUUUUGGUUUAAAUAGUACAAGUGCAGGUGGUCCUGAUGGUUUUACAGGCUUGUUCUUCCAAACAUGUCAGGAUAUUGUUGGGGAUGAGCAUCUUCAAUAUGCUUCUGGUCAAUUGAUAAACAAAAAUAAAAGUUCAGUGUAUUUGCAUGAUAGGGUGGAUGAAGAGGAGUUUCGGAAGCUCUAUUACGAAGGUGAGAAACGAGCUCCCGGGAUGGAAAGGAAGCUGCUAUCAUUUGGCGGAAGGGCCAUUUUAUUGAAACAUGUGUUGCAGGCUAUGCCAAUGCACUUGAUAUCUGCUGUAGAUCCACCUUCCUUUGUGAUAGAGAAGCUCCAUAAAAUAUUUGCUGGAGUUUUAUUGGGCUAA